UGUUGCCAGCUGUCAGCCUGCCGUCCAUCGCUGGGCUGUGCCGAGAAUUGAUGGCACUGGCGCUGUGACGGGGCGGCCGCUCCCCUCCCCGUCUGAUUGGGGCUGUGUGGCCGCUGUCAGUGCUGGGCGGAUCGGAUCGAAGCGAAGCUCAGCCUCCCGUGCUCCGACCGGCCUGUGGGAUCGGGGCCGGGAGGGGGGAGGAGGGAAAGGAUACAAAGUAUCGGCCGGAGAAGGGGGGAAAACAAUCAGCGGGAAGGAUACAAAGUAUCGGCCGGAGGAAGGGGGAAACAAUCAGCGGGAAGGAUACAAAGUAUCGGUCGGAGAAGGGGGAACAAUCAGCGGGAAGGAUAUAAAGUAUCGGUCGGAGAAGGGGGAACAAUCAGCGGGAAGGAUAUAAAGUAUCGGUCGGAGAAGGGGGAACAAUCAGCGGGAAGGAUAUAAAGUAUCGGUCGGAGAAGGGGGAACAAUCAGCGGGAAGGAUACAAAGUUUCUGCCGGGGGAAGGAGGCACUGAGCCGGCUGUAGGAUCGAAGGGCUUGGGCGGCCGGGGCCAAGUGUGGGCCUGUUGGAUAGCCCCGAGCGUCGGAGCCUGAGCUCCGCCGGCCCCCUGGAGCGGCCAUGGGCGAGACGAAGAUUAUUUACCACAUCGAUGAGCAGGAGACUCCGUACCUGGUGAAGCUGCCGCUCCCGGCGGACAGGGUCACUCUGGCCGACUUCAAACAGGUUCUCAACAAACCCAACUACAAAUUCUUCUUCAAAUCCAUGGACCAGGACUUCGGAGUUGUAAAGGAAGAGAUAUCAGAUGACAAUGCCAAGUUGCCCUGCUUCAACGGUCGAGUGGUAUCAUGGCUGGUGUCUGCGGAGGGUUCCCACUCAGAUACUGGAUCCACGUGUGCGGACAGCCAGUCGGAUUUGCCUCCUCCCAUUGAGCGGACAGGGGGGAUCGGAGACUCGCGGCCACCCUCCUUCCACGCCAACGCAGCCGGGAGCCAGGACAAUCUGGACAAUGAAACGGAAACCGAGUCCGUGGUGUCCUCACGAAAGGAGCGGCUACGCCGGAAAGAAGGUCAUGAACAUGUUCCCCGAGUCAACGGUCACACGAAGCUGGAGAGGCGGCACGAGACUGGCGGCUAUGAAAGCUCUUCCACCCUGAUGAGCAGCGAGCUCGAGACCACAAGUUUCUUUGACUCGGAUGAGGAUGAUUCCACCAGCAGGUUCAGCAGCUCCACAGAACAGAGCAACUCGUCCAAACUCAUGAGACGACACAAGCGGCGACGACGGAAACCACGAAUCCCCCGUAUUGAAAGGUCCUCCUCAUUUAGCAGCAUCACAGACUCCACUAUGUCCCUCAACAUUAUCACCGUCACUUUAAACAUGGAGAAAUACAAUUUCCUGGGGAUUAGCAUCGUGGGGCAGAGUAACGAGAGGGGCGAUGGAGGGAUUUACAUUGGGUCAAUCAUGAAGGGAGGAGCUGUGGCAGCGGAUGGCAGAAUCGAGCCCGGAGACAUGCUGUUACAGGUUAAUGACAUAAACUUUGAGAACAUGAGCAAUGACGACGCAGUGCGAGUUCUGAGAGAAAUCGUCCACAAACCUGGGCCCAUCACGCUGACUGUUGCCAAAUGCUGGGACCCAACACCUCGCGCCUGUUUCACACUCCCCAGAAGUGAGCCCAUUCGGCCCAUCGACCCGGCAGCGUGGGUGUCGCACACAGCGGCCAUGACAGGAGCCUAUCAGCCAUAUGGUAUGAGUCCCUCCAUGAGCACUAUUACUUCCACCAGCUCUUCCAUCACCAGCUCCAUCCCAGAAACUGAACGGUUCGAUGAUUUUCAUUUAUCAAUCCACAGUGAUAUAGUCACCAUCGUCAAGGCCAUGGCAUCACCGGAAUCGGGCCUGGAAGUCCGUGACCGGAUGUGGCUUAAAAUAACAAUCCCCAAUGCUUUUAUAGGUUCAGAUGUUGUUGACUGGCUGUAUAACCACGUCGAAGGUUUUCCAGACCGGCGUGAGGCCCGCAAAUACGCCAGCAAUCUCCUCAAAGCUGGCUACAUACGACACACUGUCAACAAAAUCACCUUCUCAGAGCAAUGCUACUACAUCUUCGGGAAUCUCUGUGGCAACAUGGCUAAUCUAACCCUGAAUGACCACGAUGGAUCAAGCGGCACUUCGGAUCAAGACACGUUGGCACCCCUCCCCCACCCAGGCGCAGCACCAUGGCCCAUUGCCUUCCCCUACCAGUAUCCACCACAGCACCCGUACAACCCACACCCACCGGGCUACCACGACGUCACCGGAUUCACUUAUGGAGGGGGCAGUGCCGGCAGCCAGCCCAGUGAAGGAAGUCGAAGCAGUGGAUCUAAUCGCAGCGGGAGUGAAAGGAGAGGGGGCAAAGAGAAGGAGCCUAAAGCAGGCGAUGCCAAGUCCGGGGGCAGUGGCAGCGAGUCGGAUCACACCACGAGGAGUGGCAUCCGACGGGAGCGGGCGGGCAGCGAGCGCUCAGCCCCCGCCAGUGAGCACAGUCACCAUAGCAACCUCAGCCACCGGAGCCACCACUCCAUGGCCGCCAGCGUCCGCAGCCAUCACACGCACCAGUCUUACGGGGCUCCGGGUUUACCGCCCCUCUACACACCACCCCUCAUGAUGAUGCCCCCACAGUCUGCGAUGGCGCCCCCGGGGGCUCCACCAGUCCGCGACCUGGCCUCAGUGCCCCCAGAACUCACGGCAAGUAGACAGUCCUUCAGAAUGGCGAUGGGAAACCCCACGAAGAAUUGUGGGGUGUUUGACUUCCUCUGACAACAGCUGAUAAGCAGUUGGUGCAGAGAGGUGAAAGGUCAUCCGCCGGAUUGUGUCACUUCCCUGUGUGAUUGGUAUGAUAGCCGUUUUUUUUUAAAUAGUCUGGACACCAGACAGAAGAAAAUGAGCAGUUCUUGAGAGUCUUGAGGCGGCGAGAGGAAGAUUUGCUUUAUUUUUUACGUUAAAUGCAGUCAUUAAGUAUGCGGUUAUGAAUUGCAACAAAACCCAUCGAGCCUCGAGGAAGCACCGCAAGCCUUAUAUUUCAUGCAGAAACAAAAAGAAACUGUCCAACAAUGAUUUCACUGUUGUAGAGCUUCUGAAAAUUGUGUUAUGUCUAACCUUUCCUUUUAAUGAGUUUGAGUAUGUGGGAAUUCAACACAAAACAGUUUGGGUCAAAGCACAAACACUGACACCCCAGACCCCUUGCACCCCCACCCACCCCCGCUCCCCCUGCUCCCAAUCCCUUUCAAGGACAAAAAUAAAAGGUACCUAAUGAUUGGGGAAGCCUCACGACAGUCAGAGCCACAAACAGAAAAAAUCGCAGAGUCAGAUCCUUCAGGAACAAUCCAUCGGAGUCUCAGUGUGGAGAACGAAGACUCCAUCGGAGAAUGGAAGCCAGCUGCACUAAUAACUCACCAUCUGUAAACCUCUCAAUUCGGUUACUGAAUCUUAAAUUGAAUAAGAGAAAUAUAUCAUUUGGAGACAAGAUGUGACUCUGAAUGAUGUUUUUGUAGCUCAAAGUUGUAUACUUUAAUAAAAUGGUUCUAGAUGA